UUGGUAAAAACAUUGCUCAGUAAGCACCCAUAUCACACUGGAUUUCCUCUUCUUUCAUUGGUCAAUGCUGAUUUGGAUGAAACAAUCAAUGUUCCUAUGACCUCACGCGCUAAGCGUUCUCGAACAGAACUCCCAGCUGAUAGGAACGCAGCUCGAAUAACUAUGGCUCGUCAACUCUUCAAGGAUGUCUGCUCAAUAAAUGCUGGCUCUCUGGCAGGUCUCUUUGGACAAAUGCAGAACCUUGCGAGGGCUUACAUUGAAUGGGCGAAUGUGGAUGUUGAAAACAAGCGUAAUGCCAAGGGUGACAUACCACUGCCUUCAAAUAUCUCACUGUAUCGUCUCUCUCGUGAUGCUGACCGGUGUUUGAAUCUUAUUCCAGUGGUAACUUGCCCUCCACGCGUAGAUCCCAGCGGUAAAUAUCAUAAUCUGGUUCGAGUGACUGGUUUCGCCAAUACCUAUCGGCUUGCUGGGGGAUUGAAUCUACCGAAAAUUGUGACUGCUCUCUGUUCCGAUGGUCGACGAAGAAGGCAGUUAGUGAAGGGUAGCGAUGAUCCCAGACAAGACGCCAUAAUGCAACAGGUGAGAUGGGAAGGAGACGUGCUUUUACCUGUUCGAAGAUUCGUUCAUUGUGAGCUAUACUUUACAUUAAAUCAUACUCGUGCUUUGGACACUAUGUAUAAUUAG